AUUACAUAUGCAUGAAGCUGCAACAGCACUGGGAACGGAUGCAGAUACAGAUGUUGCAGCUGCAAAUAGAACAAGAACAACAAGCACAACAAAGAAAGGUGAUUCUUGCUGAAGAGAGUUUUUCAAGGAUGUUCCAACAAUGGCAGAAACAACAAGAAGAAAUACAACAAGUUCAACUACAACAAUGGAGGAUGGUGAAUCAUGAUCAAGUGGAUUCAAGCCUGAAUAUUGAUUACUCGAAAUUCAUGUCAUUCUUAGAAGUUGAUAACUCCUUCUUUACCCCGUGGAAGCGUCAUGAUUUUGAUUUAAAUUCAAAUAAUCUUAGAACAUAA